AUGGGUGCCUAUUCACAGCACCUUAAAAAAGGACACUUGAGGGCCAUCUACUCUUUUUCUGCUCUGUAUCAAUCAUUUUUGUCCUUUUACACUCGCAGACGUCUCCGUGAUGAGGAGGACGAUCUUUCCGAGGUGACCGCAGACGUAGUGCCAAAUGAGGUGCGUGACUGGUUGGCGUCCACUUUUACGCGGACAAUGGCAACUGCUCAACAUGAAGAGGCAAAGACACGAUUCCGAUCUGUUGCCAACGCGAUACGCGCAGGCAUUAUGGUUGAAAGGCAAGUGAAGUGUGAAAAGUAG